AUGGGAACGGUGUUGUCUCUAUCUCCGGGCUCGCGGAAAGCCGCGGCUCGUGGGCCGGAUAAGCUCGCGGAGCUCGCGGUACAGAAGCCGCUGGAGGCUCGCGAGGAGGAUGAGGAGAAGGAAAAAGAAGAAGAAGAAGAAGAAGCGGCACCCGCGGGAGCAGCGGGAGCCCGCCACGACGGCCGCCACAGAGCGCUGAAAGUCGGGCAGACACGGCCUAUCCCGGUACCUGUCCCCACCGUCCCGGAUCAUACCCAGAACCAGAAGCAAGGCAGGCCGGACCUGAUCAUCUCACCGCGGAGGGUUGUGGUUCAGGCAUCAACAGGCGAGCUACUUCGCUGUCUUUCUGAUUUUCUUUGUCGUCGUUGUGUCAAACUCAACGAGCUGUCGUCCAAUCAGAUCAUCCUCUGGUUCAGAAACGUCGACCGAGCGCUUUUGGUUCAAGGCUGGCAGGACCAGUGCUUCAUCAGUCCUGCCAGUCUAGUCUUUGUGUACCUGCUGUGCAGAGAGGCGGUGGACGAGGACACGUCUUCAGAGGAGGAGCUCCACGCCACCUUCCUCACCUGCCUCUACCUGGCCUAUUCCUACCUGGGCAACGAGAUCUCAUACCCCCUGAAACCUUUCCUGGUGGAGUCCAGCCGCGAUGCAUUCUGGGAGAGAGCACUGGAGCUGAUCGCCCACCUGAGUGCAGACAUGCUGAGGAUCAACGCUGAUCCACAUUUCUUCACCGAGGUGUUUCAGGACCUGAAGAACCAGGGAGGAGUGAGGGAGAGAGACAGGGAGGAGAAGCUGGAGAAAUUAAAGGGAAAAGAAAGGGAGAGUGAGGAGGAGGAAGAGAAAAUGAAGGAGGAGAAAGAUGAGGACAAAGAGAACGAUGAAGGAAACAGGAUUGUGGACCUGGAUCGUUAAGAUAAGAAAACAGAAAAGAGAGAGAAAGGAGACCACAGUAUUUGUUAAUGAGACUCGCCCAGCAGCCAUCGACCCGCUGAGGUCUGAAUGUAAAGAGGCUGCACCUGCAGCUUUAACGCCAUUACCAUGGCGACUGAUGUGCAGUCUGACCAACAGUCGGAUGGAUCGUGACCUUUGACCUGCUGCUGAAGAGAGACUGAGACGUGGACACUAGCUCACUUUAACUGCAUGCUGUCGAUCAAAACCAACAGUAUCUCCUGAUUGUACCAUUGUGGAUGUAGACCAGUUACCAUGGCAACCUUACAUAUGAUCUCGCCUUAUUUGUUUUAGUUGCAUAGCUGAAGAAAGCUUAACGUGUCCGUCAUUGCUGCAGGAAGGUAUUUAUUUCUUUUUCACCUGGGGGGGGCGUGGUCAACAGAGACAGAAAACAUCCAGACGCCCAGUCAGAGAAACGACUUCACCACCAACUGUCAGACUGUCAGGUCAGUUUAACAUCACACAGGUGGGUGCAGGUCAGAGGUCAGAGGUCAAAGAAGUUCUGUUUCACUGUAACCUGAACUCUUAUAAUAAUGGUUAAUAAUGGAUAAUCCAUUACUAGAAAUAACAGCAGCAGGUCUUACUCUUCAGUCACCACAGAGUUCACUCAUUUGACACAAAAUGUCUGCAGAGCGGCCAUGAUGGAGGCAGCAGGUCAUGUGACCUAUCGACCAGAUGAAGGGAGUCUGAUGUUUUCUGUCUCUGUUGUCUGAAGAUUGAAUGUAAAACCAGUCAGGUUGACUGAUCUGUGCCAACUGUUUUUAUAUAGAAAUCAAACCACCAACAUAAACAACACGAGUCACCCGAGUCUCCGUGGCUUCUUAUUUCCUCUUUUCAUCCUGUCUCCUGCUGACUUCUGUCCUUUUCUAUUCUGAAUUCUUCUGUCCUUCAAACAUAAACACUCAGUUCAGACCUGGACCUGGACCUAGGUCAUGGUUUACAGGAAUGUGUUUUCAUGGCUUCAGCUUUAACGUCAGUCUGCGAUUGGUUGUUUGUCUUUACAGUGACGUACAGUAACGUCAGGACCCGAGAUUAAAAACAAGAAGCUGAAUCUCAUUGCUCCACUGGAACUCGUGGCUCCACUUGAAGCAGUGACUGCAGCACUAAUCAACAAACUACCAUUGUUAAAGUAAAACCACUGAGUUAACUGUGACAGACAGGAGCAGCACUGAGCGUGCUCAGACAUUUAAAUACUCCUUAAUAUUUAAUGUCACAAUUAAACAGAGUUGAGGCUGUAACACUAACUACAGCUGUGUGUGUGUGUGAGAGAGAGAGAGAGAGAGACUGCAGUGAGUCAUCACUGCAUCACUUUUUUGUGAAUCGCAGACGGAGGUCACAUGACUCAAGUCUGCUUGCUGCUGGUUGGUCUGAAUUUGCUGCAGAGAGAGACGGAGGUGAAGAAGAUGAAGAGAUGAGAGAGAAGAGAAAGAGACAGAUGAAGGUGAAGAGAGAGUGGUUCCUUCACUCUUCCUUUAAGGGAUUUUAUUUUCCAAACAGGAAGUGAAACGAAUGGUGAGGAUGAUGAACUUUCAGGAAGUAUUCCGACCCUCUGUGUUUAUCACCUGCUGCUUCGCUGUUUACAAACCUCUGAUCAACUGAACACUCUGCUCUGAUCACUUCCUGCUGCAACAGGAACAACUUUAUUUAUACAACACGUUUACUAACAAUAUUACAAAGUAUUUACUGAAAGAAAGAAAAUCAAAAGAAUGAGGAUGAGACCAAAGAACAUGAGCACAGAGGAAGAAGAAGAAUCCACUAACUGAGAUUAAAUCAGAAUAAAACCGUAUAAGUUAUGAGUGAAUCUGUGCUGAGAUGAGCCAGUCAGGUCAGUUACCUGUUUACUGUAUCUACACCCUCAACCCCCACCUCCACGUUCACGUGGUGCCAGGAAAUCAACAGGUUGAGAUGCAUAAAAUAAAAUAAAUUAUAAAUAAAUAAAAAAUAAAAUAACAUAAAAUAAAAUAAAUAAACAGUGGCCUCGUCGUUUCCUCCAGGAGUCGAUCACAGAUCAAUAAGGCUACAAACAUUUCAGCCGUAGGAAGAUUUUGGUUUUUACAACUCAUUGAAUGCAUCACAGCGCGACAGGUGCGUGACGUCAGGCGCCAAACGCGUUAAUUGGUCGUAAUAGGCGGCUUCCAGUUCAAAGUUCUGCGGUGGAACAGACUGAGUCCAGUAAGAACGAGGGGAAGGAUGAAGAAGCCGGGUCCAGCUCUGCUCAGAGAACUCUCAGAACUGGAAAAGAAAAGAGACUCUGGGACAAACUCGUCCAACUUCAGGAAGAACUUUGAACCUCACACAGGAAGGUAGAUCUACGAACCAUUGCAGGGUGCCAUGAGGUGAUGGAGGCUGCAGUAGGUUCAGCAGAUUGUUGUGCAGCCAGAUCAAUUGGGGUGCGAUGCUGUGGCCCAGAGAAGUUGUGUCCUGGAUGUCUCUGAAGGACAGGAAGUCCGAGCUGUACCAUUCCCCUUUUGAUGUUGAUGAUGCCUUGAUGUCACAGUUCACCGAUUUAAGAUAAGUUACUUUUUCCAAAUAUAUUAUUUACUUCUGUUUGGUCCUUUUUUGGUUUUCUGAUGCUAAUUGAUUUACUGAUACUAAUUGAUUAUUAUUGUCUGUCUUUGUUUGAGUCAGAUGUCCAAACUGAAGGAGGAUUGACUGUGGCUUGACCUGAGCUGAUGCCUUGCCAACCAAAGGAUGCAGAUGCCUGCUCAGCCCUCCGGUGCCAUCAGAUGCGACAGUGCUGCAGCACCUGGUCCCUCCUACCUCCAUGGGCUCGGAUUUAUAUUAUGUUAUUCUUAGUGUAUUCUGUUUUAUUAUAUAUUAUUUAUGAUGUACAUGAGAAAUAAAACUUUUAAAAAAUUGAAAAAUUCCAAUGAAAACUUUAAAAACCCAAAUAUUUAAAAACUUAAACACAAAAACUUAAAUGUAUUUGAAAAUUAAAAAGCAACAGCUCCACAAAAACAAAACAAAAUUUUAAAAACAAAAACCUAAAAAAGCCAAACACCUAAAACAAAAACAAAAAUGUCUGACAUAAAACAACAGCCUAAAAAAACAAACCUUGGAAAACCAAAUAGGAAGUUAGAAACCAAAACUCCAAAAACUCAAAAUUUAAAUAAAGGCAAAAACUCAAAGCCACACUUGACAUUGCAAACAUUUAAAAACAUAAAAACCCACAAACGUAAAACCCAAAACUCAAAAACAAAUAUUUAAAAAAAACUAAUCCCAAAAACCCAUAAACAUAAAACCUCAAAUUUAAAGACUUAAAAACCUAAUACUUAAAAAAAAAAAAAAUCAAAACAUUAAACAUAUUGUAAAAAAAUUAAAAACAUCAAAAAUCUAACCCUCUAAAGAAGUCAAUGAAAAACUAAAAUCUUAAACACAAAAUGCAAAAACAAGUUACGUACUUUUUAGUAUUUUAUUUCUCAUGUAUUUCUGUUUUCUAUUUCAUUUUUAUAGACCAUAGAUUCUUACAUCUAUAAUCUGUAUUCUCAUGAAUGAUGUGUGUUCCUGUGUUUGAAGUAAAAUCAUUGUUUAUAUCUUAA